ACUUGGUGCAAAUCAUUCAAAGUAAAAAAAGAGUGCGGAUCUCUUACGACUCGCUAAUGAUAGUUGUUUCGCUUGUUACACCGCAAGUGAUAAAAAUAUUCGAGUGUUUAUAGGAAUAUUCUCCAGUGAGUGCGUUAAAGUGAUCUUCUUGCACAUUCACCGGUUUCAGUUUCUAGUUUGUCUUAAUCUUCCACUUCCUGACAUAAUAAACUACGACAUAACUGACAUAAAUAUUCGCUCCGACGGCCGUACCUUAACAAGAACAAUUAAUGAGGACCAAAGUAGAUGUGGUCAAACAGCCUCACUGCUGGAUGCAACCCCGACAGCGAAUUAUUUCCGGGUUUUGGAAGCACUUGCGGCGGAAGUUCCUCAAGUAUGGCCUAUUUAAAGUCGGCCCCUUAUCCCGUGCCAGGCUUAGGUUUACAUGGACUCCCAGUAGACUCCCUCCACUCGUCCAUGGCUGGAUAUCCAGCAGGUAAUCAACGAAAACAGCGUCGGGAGAGAACGACCUUCACCAGGGCUCAACUUGACGUCCUGGAGGCCCUCUUCGGAAAGACGCGAUAUCCUGACAUUUUUAUGAGAGAAGAGGUCGCACUCAAAAUUAAUCUGCCGGAAUCCAGAGUUCAGGUGUGGUUCAAAAAUCGCCGGGCAAAGUGCCGCCAGCAGCAAAAGCAGCACAACCAGCAACAAAGCGUGGAAAAAAGCUCGAAACUUAAAAACAAAAGUGCUCCCAUUUUAACAAAAACAUCACCAACACCAGUUUCGAUAAACAACAACACGAGUACGAGUUCUUCAGCGAGCUCACCGAGCGUCACUGCAGCGCCCCACCUUAGAGACAGCCCCAACUACAUCAAGCCGCAACUACACGUAUCUACAGGGAGUACGAGCUCACCAACGAUUGCGUCAGCAACUUACACAAAUUCGGCAAAUUCGAGCAUUUGGUCGCCAGCCUCGAUAGAUAGCUUUACUUUGGAGCAACACAGGUCCUGGUGUUCGUCCUCACAGCCGGUGCUAAGCACCACUAACUCGACCACAAACUGUUAUAACAAUUACCCUUAUUACUCCAAUAUGGAUUAUCUGAGUUCGUCGACAAUGAGCCACUCGCAGUUCGGGGAGAACGGCUUAGAAACCAGUUGGGGGAAAUCCCGGGACGAGUCCUCCUGGUUCUACAACUCCGGAUGGGAGCGGAAAUGAAAAGAAACAGCCGGGGGAAGCAAAGAGAAUUGCAAUUUUUAGUCAAAUCUUUCAUGUAACUAACUAACUGCUUCGAUUCAUCACUAUAUCAAUCAAAAUUGCAAUAGGAGAUAUUUUUGUAAGUUUGGUUCAGCCAACGUGCAAUAACUUGGGGUUUCAUAUCAUUAGUUGUGUAUAUACCUACUAGAUGGAACAUUCUGUACAGUGUUAGUAUAGUUGUACGAGUAGUUGUAUAGUUUUGACCAAUACAAUAAAUUUUACGAAUUUAUCAUACUUAUAAAGAAAUGCUCUGAUAUUUACUAGUCAAAUAAUUGUGCCAAAUGGGCAGUUGGAAUGUACUUCAUCGAAUAUCAUUUGAUAAUUUUUAUAUAAUUCCAUGUACAUAUCCCUAGAUUAGUUCGAAAUAUCUGUCUCAUGUUCAGUGAUCGUUAGAAGUUAAUUUAAGGGCCUAAAUUAAGCGAACGAAAACUCAUAGAUUAAUGUUUUCUGUAAAAAGUUUAUUUCUAUUCAAAUACAUAUUUGUAUACUUCCAAUAAAAUAACAAUUAUGAUUUCUUCACGUUGUACAACA